AUGGCAUCGCAGAACUUGCAGUUGGAAAAAGCAUGUAGAGUGAAUUUAAACUUUUCAACAGAAAUUUGUGAUUCUUUAAUACUGCAAGACGGUGAGGCUCAUAGUGAUUAUGAAAGAGACACGCAGCAGCUGUUAGCGAAUACCCUUACAUGGAAAACUUAUUUGACGGCAACAUUGAGCUGUAUUAUUGCGCUUUUUGUUGGUUCUUUCUCUGAUAAAACAGGACACAGGAAACUUUUCUUGAUCGUUCCGAUGACUGGAUACAUACUUAACGGUAUUAACAGUAUGUUAAAUGUGUAUUUCUUCUAUGAGACCAGAUUGGAAAUUGUUGUCCUUGUUGGGGCUAUCAUUGAAGGAUUGAGUGGAGGGUGGGUUAUUUUAUUUAUGAUAUGUUUCGCUUAUAUUAGUACUAUUACUAGUGAUAAAGAUAGAACCUUCAGAGUCGGCAUUCUGGUCUUCUGUGUAACUCUUGCCUCACCCGUUGGAACGGUGCUAAGUGGGGUUUUAUUAAAUGCUUUGGGGUACUAUGGUAUAAUUGGAAUAUUUAUCUCCAUAAAUAUGGUUAGUGUACUUUACACCAUUUUUGUGAUUAAAGAUCCAAAGAAAAGUCCUGAGCAACAAACGUACAGCGGCGCAAAUUGGUGUCAGUUACUCCGAGCUUUUUUCGAUAUAACAAAUAUAAAAGACACAUUAAAUUUACUUAUCCAAAAGGCUCCUAAUAGUAGGAGGGUACGUUUGUGUACCCUCUUACUUGUCAUUGUUGUACUAUUUGUGAGAAAUGGAUACUUUAACAUAUUAUUAGGUGAAACAUCCAUUAUGUAUUUGGCCGUGAGAUACAGAUUCCAGUGGGAUGAAGUCCAAUAUAGUUUAUUCCAGAGUUAUAAUUUAUUUACGAAUUUCUUGGGUACGAUGCUGUCAAUUUUGGUUUUGAUCAAAUAUCUUGGAUGGCACGAUUCUUUGGUGGGCAUCAUAUCUAUAUUGAGUAAAAUUGCCGCCUCGUUUAUCUACUGUUUUGCUCAAACUGGACUCGUAUUUUACUUCGGACCCAUGUUUGAUGUAAUGAACGGGGUUUCACUAUUGGCCAUGCGGUCAAUAAUGUCUAAAAUGGUUGAAGUGCAUGAAAUAGGUAAACUAAGUUCUGUUGUUGGAAUAGUUGAGAAUCUGGCGCCUUUGAUAUAUGUGCCGCUUUACGCGGAGUUGUAUUCAGCUACGAUAGAAGUUCUACCAGGAGCGGUGUUUCUCGUAGGAGCUUUUCUCAUGGUUCCUGCUCUUGUUGUACUAUGUUAUUUAUUCUACGAAUACAGAAAGCAAGUCGGAAAAUCGCAAUCUAAUCAAAAUCAGAAUUCAUAA